UUAACUAAACACUGAAAAGAGGAACUGACAUGACUGCCCGUAGCUGAGUUUUACUGGAGAAUCUAGAACCAGCGACAUGAAGGGAUGUUUUCUAACCGUCUUCUGUCUGAUGGGUUUUGCCAUAGGUUGUAAAGCGAAGCCCUGCGGCAAAGAAUGGGUUUCAUUGAACUGUAACACACAUAGAAGUAAAAAAAUAACUACAUGUGGUGAUGAGAAAGAACUGAAAAACAAGCUCCAGGUGAUCAUCAAACAUGAACGAGGGCCUAAUGCAGCAUCUGCUUCGGAUCAACUACAGUUUAGAGUUGAUGAGAACUGCCCGAAGCAAUUUAAUCAAACUGCUUUCAGAGAAACUAGAAUCACCAUCGACUGCAGUUACCCAGACGAAGACAAGUCCAGCGUUAAGAUUUUCUGCAAAGAAAAUAAUUCAAUCUGUAAGAAUAUUCAAUCAAUAACAUCUUCUAACAAGUCAGACGAGACAUUUAUUGUCUCAGAAACCAACAACGGCUUCAGUGUGUCCAUCAGAAAUGUUUCCUGGCGGCAUGAUGGUGUCUACUGGUGUGGAGGGACAGUAAAGACACAUUACGGUGCACUCCUGAAGAAAAUAAAGCUAGAGGUUAAAAAUUUAACUAACUUCAAACGAUCACCAACUAUUGGGCAGAACUUCACAUUCUGGUGUAGGCCUAAAUACAACGAGGAUUUCUCCAAAUCUACAAAAUUCAUCUGUAAAGGAGAAGAUCCCUCCAUAUGUGAACGUCUUGUGAGCACCACAAACCCUGACAAGAACCAAAGGUUUCACAUGAAGGAAGACAACAAAAGAAAUAUCACCGUAACAGUGAGAGAAGUGACUGCAGGCGACACUGGGAUGUACUGGUGUGGAGCAGAAAGAGCUGACAAGCAUCCAACGUUCUUCAACAGGUUCUUUAUGAACGCAAUUUCACCACCUCCCACACCCUCUGGUCCCCCACCCAAGACAUCCACCGCAACUCCAGAGACUCACAGUGACCUGGGGGCUGUGAAGCUUAUAAUUGUUGGUGCACUUGUGCUGAUUCUGCUGCUGCUGACGGCAUUUGUCGUGAUCUACAAACGAUCCACACUUCUAAAGGCAGGAGCCAGAGAGUCAGAGCAGCAUCCCAAAGAGGAUUAUCUCUAUGAAGAGAUACGGGGGGGGGCCCGGACACCAGAAUCGGUGACGACUAUUUACGCCACUGCCGGCCGUCCCAGAGACAACCCGGCCGCGCUGCAUUACGCUACCAUCAACUUUACCGGCGGCCCAGAUGAUAGUGCUGCCGGAGCGUCGGUGGUGCUCAAACCCAGCUCCUCUGCAUGUGUUUACUCUGCUCUGAGCUGCAGCUCCGCGGCUGUCAAUCAGCCAUCUGCAGCAGCAGGAGAAUGUCUGUACGCAUCAGUCAGGAAGCCCCAGCGGAUGUGAGGAGAGGUCAGCUCUGUCAGGAAUCCACGCUUCAGUCAGAAAACGACACAAAUGUUGGGGUGUCUCUUAUACAGGGGAAGGUGUCAGUCAUCGAUUUUAUUUUGUUUUGUUGCCUGUUUGAUUAAAAAAAGCAUGACUGCUGUUACCCAACAGAUGUUUCCACAGAUGAAAGCACCUUCAUAGUUUAACCCCGCAGGACGGCUGUUUUAUUCCCACUGUUGAAAGUUCACAAAUGUUUCACGGUGCUGGGAUCUCAUCAGGGACUUGUACAGUUUUUAUACGGUUGAUGUAAAUAAUUCCUGCAUUCUUUAAAAAAUGAGAUGAAUCUCUACACCAAGGCGUAUGAUGGAAGGAUUUGGCACCGACGCUCGCUGCUCCACCUUUGGAGACCAAAAACGGAUGUCUCUCCCUAACGAUGUUUUGGAUUUGUGUCCAUACUUGAACAGAAGCGGAUCAACGAUGAUGACUUUUUUUUUGCUCUACUGAGUCAAAAAGACUUUAUAUUUGGCAAUGUUUUAUUGUCACUCUGAACCUUUGGUAACUGGUGGAACUCAUCAUGAGGAUGGAUGAAAAUAAAUAACUUUGUAAAAUUGUCUUGCCUCAUUUAAUGUUGCUACUUAGUGCUUUUUUCUGUUUAAAAUCUAA